UCCUCGUGCUGCUUCACGCAUAUUUAUAAUAAUAUUGUAUAAUAAUAUCGACAUUGUGCUUAAAUUAUACUUCCUCCUAUGUUCUCUCUCUGGUUCUUCCUUCCCCGAUGAAUCCAGCCCGUUUUCUCGUCCUCCACACCACCACUUGAAAAAGAUCUCCAUCUGAGGAGGAGGAAGAAAAAAACAACAGUACGUAGAAAGACAGUACGCACAGCGUGAGAGAGAUGAAGAUACUGUGUGAUUUUUGCGGCAAAGGGGAGGCUUUGGUGUUCUGCUGUGCGGACGAGGCCGCCCUCUGCGACGCCUGCGACCGUCGUGUCCACUGCGCGAACAAGCUCGCCGGCAGGCACCGCCGCUUCUCCCUCGAUCCCCCUUCCGCCCACUCCCACCCGCUCUGCGACAUCUGUCGGGAGAAGAGAUCGCUUUUGUUCUGCCGGGAAGACCGAGCGAUCCUUUGUGACCACUGCGAUGCUUCCAUACACAGCGCCAAUCACCUCACCAUGAAGCAUAGCAGGUUCCUUCUCACCGGCAUCCGCCUCUCCGCCUCUCCUAUCUCCUUCCCGGAGGCAGAGAUUACGGGUAGCAGCGCCAGUAGUAUCUCAGAGUACCUCAUCAAUAUGUGCCCAGGCUGGCACGUCGAGGACCUGCUGGUGGAAGACGGAACAACCGCUGCCGCCAUGGAUGGUUUCUCCAAUGUGGAUGAGUUGCUGCCGUUGCUGGAGGAGGGUGUGGGCGGCGGCGGGCUGGAAUCCAUCCGCGCGCCCCAUGUACCCCAGUUCCCUUCCACACUUCCUCCGGCCGGCGGCACCCGUCACCCGCACUCCCUCGGAGGCAAGGAAGUAGCAAUCAACCUCGAGCGGUGGAGCAACGACGCCUUCAUGGUGCCACAGAUCUCCCCUGCUCCAACUCCCGGCAAGAGAUCAAGACACUCUGUUCAGCACUACUAACUUGGCCUUGCUUGGAUUGGUACUCUGUUCGCAGGUCCCCUCUUUUACGAAGCAAGAGUUUGUGUUUGUGCUGCUUCAAACUCCUGAUACGUCUUUCUUACUAGUUGGUUAGUUUCUCUCUGAGCUAGCACUGGCACAGCAAGAAAGAACGCAAUCGUUGAGAUCUCCAUGUGGUUCUUCUGUUGGUUUUUGGUUGGCAUAGUGCCUCCAGGUUCUGGAUAUGGCGCUUCUUAUUUAGUUGUUGUUUGGGCAAAUUCUAAACAAAAAUCCUUAUUUUCA